AUGUCAAGCCCUUGUCUGCUUUUCUUCUUCUCGAUUCUUUUAUGUCUUUUUUUCCUUCCUCAAGAAAGGUCUCCACACGGCCUUGUUUAUGAAAGCCCUGUUGCAUUUUCACCAGAAGCAUACUCUUUUUUUCACCCUGAGACUCAAAAACAGAACAGUACUACUACUGAAAGUUUAUGUGAUAAUAAUAAUAGUACAUCAGAAUCAUCAGGCUCUUCAACAUUUCCUACAGCAUCAAGUUUGCAGUCUAAUUUAGCACAUGAAAGUUUGUCGAAGCCGGAUGAGGAUGGCGAUAAGCGAAUGGGAGCUGGUGGGAUGGUUGGGAUCGCUCUCGGCUUUGGGUUUGCUAUUGUGUUGGCUUGUGGCGUUUACUAUGCGGUGAUUGCACGAAAACGCAGCGCGGGCCAAGGCGUUCCUGUCCAGCUCAAUGUCUGACUAUCCAAAACUGUAGCAGCACACGUGUCGGGUGCUCUAAAAGUGCUACAUUUGGAGAAUUUAACUCGCAUAUGUUGAUAUUUUUGAAGAGUCCGAGUAACAUACAUCACAACAGACUCUCACUCAUAUAUCCAUCCCCUGCUGCUUUAUCUCAUUGUUACAUUUUUCGGUUUGUUAGAUUUCCUACUUAUAUGAUUUGGGAUUGUGAGAUGUAACUAUUGUUUUUAUUAGUUAGUGAUAUAAUAGUACAAUUAUUUAGUGAUUACUGUAAUCCAAAAAAACCAUUCUUAUUAUGAUAUAUGCUCACUGAAUACAGGAAAA